UAGGAGGAGGAGAGGGCAAGGGAGGAACAAGAUCACGAUGGGUAGGAGGACGAGGAGGAGGAUGAGGAGGAGGAAGAUGACAAUCAGGAGGAAGAGGAGGAGGGGGGCAAGAAGGACGAGGACUCGAGGAGGAAGAUGGCGAUGAUGAAAAGUGGAGGAGGAGGAGGAGGAGGAGGAGAAGGGAGAGUCUUUGGCUAUGGGCGAAGGAGGAGGAGGAGGAAGAAGAUGGCGAUGAGGAAGGAUGAGAGGAGGAAGGAGGAGGACGAUGAGGAGAGAGAGAAAAAACAUCGUGAUGGAGGACGAGAAAGAUGAGGAGGAGGAGGAUGAGGAGGAUGGAGUUAAGGAGGAGGAGGAGGAGGAAGAUGUCAAUGAGGAGGAGGAGGAGGAAGAUGGCGAUGGUGAGGAAGAGGAUGGCAAUGGGGAGGAGGAGGAGGAAGAUGGCGAUGGGGAGGAAGAGGAUGGCGAUGGGAAGGAGGAGGACGAAGAUGGCAAUGAGUAUGACGAGGAGGAGGAGGAGGAAUAUGGCGAUGAGGAGGAGGAGGAAGAUGUCAAUGAGGAGGAGGAGGACGAGGAGGAGGAGGAAGAUGGCGAUGAGUAUGAGGAAAAGGAGGAGGAGGGGGAGGAGGAGGAGAAAGGGGAGAAAGAUCGGCUAUGGGAGGAGGAGGAGGAGGAAGAAAAUGGCGAUGGAGAAGGAGGAGUAGAGGCAGGAGGAGGAAGAGGAGGAGGAGAAAGAGGAAGAAAAUCACGAUGGAGGAGGAGACAGAAGAUGAGGAGGAGGGGGAGGAUGGCAAUGAUGAUGAUGAUGAUGAUGAUGAGGAGGAGGAGGAGGUGUGUGGUUAAUUGUCUGUAAUGUAUAUUGAUGGCGUCGAAGUUCCGAGGCGGGGGUUUGGCUUUCAGUAGGUUAUCUCCGGGGUUAUAGGGGGAAAGGGUACUUUUUAUCAUAUGGACGAAAAACUAUAUAUAUUUGUUCUUUAUUAAUUAUUCUUGACAAUGAAGUGUGUAUUAUUUA